UCCUGCAACCCGGUUGAGGCUUUCUGGGGGCUUGGAGGCUUGGAGGGCUGUGCGUGCGUAUCCGGCGCUAACUGGACGGCACUGUUCGCAUUAUUAAUGUCCGAUACCUCAUUGACAAGAGUCUUUGCGAUUUAUAUCCUGACGGGGGAGGCACUGUCCGUAAGUUCUGUCGAUACAACACUACGGAGCACUAUGGUUGACAUUUCCAGCCACUCGGCCGGAAAUAACCAGGGUAAAGCAGAGUCUCCAACUCCAAGUGAAGUCCAAAUGAUUGAAGGUGUCUCGGACCCGCAGUUUGCAGAUAUGAAACUGCCGAGUUGGAGAGAGGUCCGAUCGGCGGAGACAACGAGUUUGCGCACAGGCCGUGGAAUCGUGGACUGUGGGUGAUUUGAGAUUCCUGGAGAUGCCUCAUUGCCUCGCAGUCGCAGGGUCUGAGAA